AUGUCAAAGUCUUUAGGUAAUGUUAUUUUGGCGGAACAUUUUGCUCAAAAAUAUGACCCUAAUGCUUUACGCUAUUUAAUUUUAAAUAGUCAUUAUAAUCAAGUAAUUAACCUUAGUGAGGAAUUGAUUCGGCAAGCGAUGGAUUAUCUCCAAAAAAUAAGAAACUUACUCAAAAAAUUGAACUUUUAUUUGUAUACGGAAAAAAUAAAAUUUGCAGAGCAAAAACCACUCAAAAGAAAAGAAAUAGUUAAUAGUUUACUAAAUAACCUUAAUACUGUAAAAGUCCUUUUUUUUUUGGAGCAGUCCAUCAAUUCACUUAACAAAAGUAUUGAUAAGAAAGAAAAUGAUAACCAAGAAUUAGUGGAAACCAUUAGCAACUUUCAUUUUAUGUUGGACUGGUUGGGAUUUAAGUUUAACCUAGCCCCUUACAAUUCAGAAGUUAAAUUAUUAAUUAAAACUUGGCAGGAAUUACGAAAAAGAGGUGAUUACCAGCUGGCAGAUAAGAAAAAUUAUGAAAGAGAAGUUAGAGUCUGUUUAACUAAAAAAUUGCUAAAUUAUGCUGAUAAAAACAAAGAAUUAAUGAUAAAAAAGAUGGAAGAGAAGAUCAAACUGGCUAAAAAUAAUACUUAUCAGAAUUUGGAAAAGUCCCAAAUAAAAACCUGGUGGGAGCGACUGCCAUUGGAGCACCGAGCCAAGAGUUCAGAAAAUUUAACUAAAUUACUAGAAAACAACUCUUUACAAAUAAAUAAAAUUAAUUUUUUAUUAGUUUUUUAUCAAUUACCGGAGUUAAUAAUUUUGGGAAUUAAUAUUCUCUUUUUGUUUCUUUAUUAUCAAAUUUAUUGUGGAGGUGCCGGAGGUUUAGAGAUAUUAGAGACUUGGACUAAUUUAAAAAAUAAACUAAGUAAAUUAGUCUAUUUAGAUCAGAAUAAAGGACUAAUAAAAGAUGCGGUAGAAUUUCACUUACUACACGCUUCUAGUUUUACUUCUGCUCAUAGAGAUUUUCGCAAUAGAGGAGAAUUAGUACUACUAAGAGAUGAUUUAACGCGGGUUAAUAAUGCCCUUAGUAUUAAUAAUCCUCGCAUUCAAGAUUUUGAAGCUCAAAAGGUCAAAAAUGAGAGAAUUGUAGAAAAGUGUAAAGAGUUAUUAAGUAAGUUAGAAUAA